ACUACAGAGCAUAAAAUGGCAACGAACGAGCUCCAUUUUCGGGGACAAUGGAUGAGUUUUUUCCAUUAUUUUCAAAAGCUGCAACAGAAAGUGUUCAGCUUUGGAAGAAGAAACAAACGAGUGGUGCAGAGUUGGAAUUGCUAGCGAAACCAACUGCGAACAUGAGACCGCAAAUGGAGCAGAGAUGUCGGAGAGGUCGUUUCAGUUGGGUUUGGAAACCAAAAUUCAAGGAAACCCGGAAGACGGAGAGUUUAUUAAGGAUGAGGAGAGGAGUAUCUCCAAUUUUGAUUCUGAUUUUUUGUCUUCUGAAGCAUCUUUCUUUGCUUGGGCUUUCAUUGGGAAAGGAGAAAAAGUCUCCGAUUAUGAAGAAAGAUUUGGGGAAGUUUUCGAUUGAGUAAGAGAUCAGAGCCCGAAGAGUAGAAGAGAGAGAGAGAGAGAGAUCGCUUCGCAGAUUAGGACUUACGUCUUAGACUAUAUCUCUUCAGGCAACCAAAAGGAUAAGGAUAAGGAAUCGGGAGUGAUCAUCGAUGGAGACGAACAUUGUUGUUGGGGAUUCACUUCCAUUCAAAAUUGAAAAGGAUCAUGAAUCGUCAUCUCAUUCAGAACUGAAGACAGAAGAGAAGCGCAAGGUACCCAAGAUACUGGUUUCAAAGAUUAAUCUAGAUGAGAUCAAGAAGGCUUCUCCAUUGGUCACCAUGACACCUACGAGGCGAGGGAGACUGCAGAAACAAUCAAGUGUAAAGUUAAACUGCUUGUGUUCGCCUACCACACAUGUCGGAUCCUUUAGGUGCCGACAUCACAGAAAUUCCAGUCUUAGUCGCUCUGGCGUUUCUGUUGGCUCCAACCUUUCCGAGUUAGCUGCAAAGUCGGCUGCCUCAAUCGGCAACUCUCUACAAGCUCAAUAGGGCCUAGCUAUUGUUGGAAUGGAUUUAACCUUUCUUCUCUUUUAGUUCCAUGUAUGUCAAGGAUGAUGGAAUUUGAUUAUUUGCCAUUGUAAUUGUACUAAUAUGUGUAAAGGGUUUGAUAAGUUUUAUCUUGUUUCCAUUCUUUU